AUGGCUGAUGAUGACCAUGCUCAAGAAGAAUAUAUGAAUUUGUUGGACAAUAUUCUUCGGACAAAUCCAAAGAAAAAACUCGAGAAACUUUUGCAAAAGGUCGCAGGGAUCAAAAAUAAAAAACCUGCGGUCCCAUCAUCCGGUUCUGGAGACAGUUCUGCUCCAAAACAAUGCAUCAUGUCACAAGCUAUCGGUUGCAAUCAACGCUGCAUUGCUUCAUUAUAUGUUGUUCGGGACAAUUUACUCAGUGCGUUUAUGGCCACAACUGAAAUGCGAGCCAAAAGCAAAUCUGUAAGAGAGAUCGUCGGGCGACAAUUGUCUCAAACUGUUGGCAAUCUGAUAAGCAUGGUUAGCGAAGCUUCAAGCUUGUCUCAGCGCAUAAAUGAGAAUGCCAUGGGAUUACACAUUGCCACCGACUUUCUACGUGAUCCAAAGGAAUUGAGCAUUCUCGACUUUUCAUCGUCAGGACGUAUCCCAAUUUCUCAUUUCAGUUGUAACGAUGCAACAAGCAUGUGCCUAACUUAUCUUCAUAGCGCUGCUGAGAAACUGGCAAAAGAAGAAACAGAGUCAGCUACAGGGUUGUGCUCAUCUUCGCCCUGUCGUAACAACUUUAUCAAGAUUUACACCUCAUUUGAGCAAGCGAUGAAAGAGCUUUGUGACUCCUCGAAUUUUAUCAGUGAAGUCUUCAGAGUUUUGCUGUAUAGCAGUAUAAAAGGGAAGCAAGUUCUUUGUCAAUACAUCGAGAGAUUGAAACCACAAGAGAUCAACGACAUCAUCACAGAGCUCCAAAAUUUGCGAAGACAAUUUGACGAAAUCAACAUUUUACUGGACCGGCUUGGUUGGAGUUUAGCUGAUAUUUGGGGAAGGUGUACUGGUAAAGAAAUUAGGUUUGAAGCCAUCAGAAAGGAAGGAAGCCUAAAACUGAAGAAUUUUGAGGAAAUUGAACGAGAAAAUAGUAAAACUGGAAAAAUUCGUCCAGCCAAGAAACAAGGUCAGCAGAAGAAGAAGGAGAAAACGGUAUCAACCCCAAGAGUAACCUCCUCAGGUGCUCUGCCAGGUUACGACACCAAACGAGUUAAAGAUUCUCAUAAAGCUUUGCCCAACAAAUCCAAGUCACUCUCUGAACCACUUAAUAAAACGAUCAUCAAAAAUGUAAAAUUUAUAUCAAAAUUGGAAAAAGUUUUGGGCAAACAAGAAAAACUUGAUGAAGACAGCAAACCCCAGGUCGUUGCAGACAAAGUCAAAACUCUUCGGAAUUCUAUGUCAAAGAAUUUGCCACCAAAAGUUUCGUCUCGUAAUGAUAACAAAACAAAGAAAUAA